CUACUACGGCGGCUCCCGGGCGGGGGAGGGGAAGGGAGAGACGGCCGGUCCCGUCAGUCAGGCAGCCGGAGCCGCCGGGAGCGGAUGGCGGCGGCGGUAGCGGCCCCUCUUGCCGCCGGGGGUGAAGAGGCAGCAGCCACGAUCUCCGUACCGGGAUCUCCGGGUCUGCCCGGGAGCCGUAGUGCAGAGCGAGCCCUAGAGGAGGCUGUGGCCACCGGGACUCUGAACUUGUCUAACCGACGCUUGAAGCACUUCCCCCGGGGCGCGGCCCGCAGCUAUGACCUGUCAGACAUCACUCAGGCAGGUGGCAAGAUUCUUCUAAUCAUGUCCCAUCCAGUCUUGUGCCUGUUAAUUGAGGGGCGGGGUGGUGGUGCUGGUGGUGGUGCAGGGAACACUGUUAUGACAGAGCUGGGGGACCUCCCUCUGGUCCGCCUGGAUUUCUCCUGUAACCGUGUUUCCCGCAUCCCGGUCUCCUUCUGCCGCCUCAGGCACCUGCAGGUCAUUCUGCUAGACAGCAACCCCCUGCAGAGCCCACCUGCCCAGAUCUGCCUGAAGGGGAAACUUCACAUCUUCAAGUACCUGUCAACAGAGGCUGGGCGGCGUGGGGCUGCUUUAGGGGACCUGGUCCCUUCCCGUCCCCCAAGUUUCAGUCCCUGCCCUGCGGAGGAUUUAUUUCCGGGACGUCGGUAUGAUGGUGGGCUGGACUCAGGCUUCCACAGCGUUGACAGUGGCAGCAAGAGGUGGUCUGGAAAUGAGUCAACAGACGAAUUUUCGGAGCUGUCCUUCCGGAUCUCAGAGCUGGCCCGGGAGCCUCGAGGCCCCCGAGAACGGAAAGAGGAUGGCUCUGUGGAUGGGGACCCGGACCAGAUCGACUUCAUUGACAGCCAUGUCCCUGGGGAGGAAGAGGAGCGAGGCACUGCUGAGGAACAGCAGACACCGGAAUCAAGCCCCGUGCCAGGGGGUGGGGAGAGGGCAUUGAGUAGCAGACGGGAGGAGCCCACUGGGGAGGAGCGGAGGCGCCCAGACUCCUUACAAUUGUGGCAGGAACGGGAGCGGCGUCAACAGCAGCAGAGUGGGGGCUGGGGAGCCCCCAGGAAGGACAGUUUCCUGAAGCUGGGACUCAGGGCUGCCGGGGGAGGUACUGCCCCACUCGUGUCUGGCCAGGCCACCUACAACGCCCCCACGAAACUCAGCGCCACCCAGCUGGGAACAUCUGGGGGACAGGGAGCUUCUGCACCUGCUCCCCCCGCCCCAGAGCCCAGUUCCAUGGCUGGACCAGUGACAGCACCUGCUUCCCGGCCACUCAGCUCCAUGCAGAGACCUAACAGCUUCCUCUUCCGGUCAUCCUCUCAGAGUGGCUCAGGCCCUUCUUCACCAGACUCUGCCUUGAGACUUCGGCCAUCAUCCCAGGAUCUGGACCAGAAAGAAUUAAUGGCUCAACUACGCCAGGUUCUUGAGUCACGGCUGCAACAGCCCCUACCUGAGGACCUCACUGAGGCUCUGGCCAGUGGGGUCAUCCUCUGUCAGCUGGCCAACCAGUUGCGGCCCCGUUCAGUUCCCUUCAUUCAUGUGCCCUCACCUGCUGUGCCAAAGCUCAGUGCCUUCAAGUGUCAGAAGAAUGUGGAGAAUUUCUUAGAAGCUUGUCGAAAAAUGGGGGUGCCUGAGGAGUCCCUGUGCCAGCCCCACCACAUCCUAGAAGACGAGGGGGGCCCGGGCGGGGGCCUCCCCCACAUCGCCGCCGUGGUCCGCGCGCUGCUGGAGAGCCCUUAGGGGUGGAGGUGUGGAAGAUGCCAGGCUUCUGCCCGAAACCAGGACUUGGCGGGGGCACCCUGUGCCCUUAGCCGCCGUUCGGCAGGGCUGGGCCUGGGUGGGAGCCCCGCAGGUGCGAGAGCGCAAUAAAAGGCCCACAGCCUGGGUCGGCCCUCA